UUUCAUUAGCGGAGUAUGCCCAGUUGUCGACGACGGUAGAGGCAGUGAGGCGGUCCUGAUCAGUAUACCAAAAAAGAAGUCUGUCUUUAGUUAGCUUUGUUGUCUUUUUUUCAAAAAUAUUUCUGGUUUACUAACUACUGGGUAUAGUUAUGGCCUCAUCAGAUGUUGCUCGGAUGCCGCUUCCUCAGGAUAAAGCACUCCGGCCCCUGGGCCUGGCUGGCCAUGUGGGGUUUGACAGCCUCCCAGAUCAGCUUGUCAACAAGUCUAUAUGCCAGGGCUUCUGUUUCAACAUUCUCUGCAUCGGUGAAACUGGCAUCGGGAAGUCCACCAUGAUGGAUACUCUUUUUAAUACCAACUUUGAGAACUUUGAGUCAUCCCACUUUGAGCCUCAAGUGAAGCUGCGGGCCCAAACCUAUGACCUGCAGGAGAGUAACGUCCGACUGCGCCUCACUGUGGUCAACACUGUGGGCUUCGGUGACCAGAUGAACAAGCAGGAGAGCUAUCAGCCCGUGGUGGACUACAUCGACAAGCAGUUUGAGAGUUAUCUUCAGGAAGAGCUUAAAAUCAAACGCUCACUCCACAACUACCACGACUCGCGUGUCCAUGCUUGCCUCUACUUUAUCUCCCCCUCGGGUCAUUCACUCAAAUCCCUUGACCUGGUCACCAUGAAGAAGUUAGACAGCAAGGUUAACAUAAUACCAGUGAUCGCCAAAGCGGACACCAUCAGUAAGAGCGAGCUGAACAAGUUCAAGAUCAAAAUCAUGAGUGAGCUGGUCUCAAACGGCGUCCAAAUCUACCAGUUCCCCCUGGACGAUGAGACCGUCGCUAAGGUCAACACUACAAUGAAUGGUCAUUUGCCUUUUGCUGUGGUAGGCAGCACAGAGGAGGUCAGCGUGGGCAAUAAGAUGGUGAAGGCUCGUCAGUAUCCCUGGGGAGUAGUUCAAGUGGAGAAUGAGAGUCACUGUGACUUCGUGAAGCUGAGGGAGAUGCUCAUCUGCGUCAACAUGGAGGACCUGAGGGAGCAGACACACACCCGUCAUUACGAGCUGUAUAGACGCUGCAAACUUGAAGAAAUGGGAUUCCAAGACACUGACCCAGAGUGCAAACCUGUCAGCUUGCAGCAGACCUACGAGGCCAAGCGCCAGGAGUUCCUGGUGGAGCUGCAGAAGAGAGAGGACGAGAUGAGGCAGAUGUUUGUCCAGAGGGUGAAGGAGAAGGAGUCUGAGCUAAAGGAGGCUGAGAGAGAGCUGCAAAGUCGCUUUGAGCAGCUGAAGCGCCUCCAUGCCGACGAGAAAGGGGCUCUGGAGGAUAAGAAGAGACUCCUGGAUGAUGACCUGAGCUCCUUCGGUAAGAGACGAGCCGCUGCCCAGCUGCUGCAGGCCCAGAGCCUCACCGCCAACGGCAAGAAGGACAAGGACCGCAAGAAGUAAGAGGCCUCUCUUAUGUGUAGUCAGUGAGGCUCUGGCUUCAUGUGAGGACAGUGGGAUCUGAAGUACACUCCAGUAUAACCAGUGACAUGCUGGCCACAAUCUUUCCAGCCCCUUGUGGCCAGUCUCAAACACUAACCAGAAAAAGCCCCACACACACACACACACACACACACACACACACACACACCCAGCAGCGUGUGCGGGUUUGUGCCAAGGUUUGAAGACUACCCAUGAAUCCUGUGUACACUUUCUUUAAUGGUAUUUGUAAUCUUCUUUGCAGGUUUUAUACUUCUGUGCCAUAUUUUAUAUUUAUCCUUUUGUUUUUAUAUAAAACGGUUAUUUUCCAUAUACCUCCCUGCUUUUUUACUUUGUACUUGUGCCCAGAAUGAGGGACUCAUUCCACAGCCUCCUCCCCUAACGCUGAACAUUGAUCAAAGGAAUGACCGACAUUAUAUUGAAACGGACUUCACAUACUUUAGUCGUGUCUGUUUUGUAAUGCAGUCAGCUAUGAGAAAACACAUCUGUAACAUGCUUGUUAUUUAUUAUUAAGCCCCUUUCUGACAUUCACAACAUGAGGAAAUUUACAUUUCAAUCCCAAUGUCUAGAUAAAUGCCAGCUCUGUGCCAUGAGUGGAGCAGGUCAUUAGCAAAGCCUCAGAGAUAAACAAUCACUUUAUUUCUUCUCCAGCAGUGAAGUGUGAGCUUUGCAGCUCUCCGUGUAAUAGUCCUGUCAUGUUUAAAAAGAGCCGUCACAGAAUAAUUACACCACUGAGACCUUUGAUAUUUAACAGAUUUGUAGUUAAGUCCUGCACUGCACCAGAAACCGCAUCUGAAAAGGGUUUCAAGUGAUCUUUCUCAAAGCUGUUUGAAUGCAUUCAUCAUCAAGAGCUGUCGUAAUCAGGGGCGCAGGGCAUUAUAACUCCUUAUCCUUUUCCUGUAUUGUAUCUGAUAUCUGUUUUUUUCACACUUCCUUUAUUCUAAAAACUUUAAUUGAGUACACCAGCAUCAUGUAAACCUGCAACAGUGAUUCUCCUGUUCGUCCUAUCUCACUUCUCUAGGCUGAGGCUUGGUUUUGUAUUAGGUACAUGUUACAGCAUAUAUUUAUAUACAUUGUUUUAUUUCGCUCCCCCUUAUUUUCUUACUGACACAAACAUUCGCAGUCUGCCUGAAAAGAGCUGACUCGUGGAGAAAAUGCUUUACUUGGAGUCAGUGUUUGUGGACAGGAAGAUGCAUUUGUGAGUAUUCUUCUGGAAUCCCAAUGAGACAGGGUUUCACACCGCAAAGCCUUUUCAGUACAGACGAAACCACAACAGUAAAGUGUGAUUUAUAAACCAACAUUUACUCACAAACAUCGCCACUUUAUAUAUUUACACUAGUGCUUAAUGUUAGUGCCUUAUCUGUGUUAAGCUUCCUUACACUAUCCUCUUAACUCGUACAUCCAGGGAAACACCGAUGCCUAAUAGAUCUUGUUCAAGACAUAUUUGUACUACGCUUAUAUUUAUGGAAUAAACAGUGUUAUUUGGGAGCUUUCUUCUUUUAAAUAAAUCCUUGUAUUUUUGUCAUGA